GAAUAUUCAAAGUUAUUGCAGUAGAUGAGGAACGUUCCAAUAUAACAAUCAACUUUCAUUUGACUACGCAAACUUCAUCGAUGUCAUUGAAACACUACACUGUUUUGAGGAACUUAACUGAAAAUAUACUCGAAAAUUUCUCUUUCGGAAACUUUCUAGUUGCGGACCAAUGUCUUGGAGUUCAGACUAUUCAAAAUGAUGGCGUAGUUGUAACGUGGCCUACGACGCAGAUAAAUCACGUUUCCCCACGACCUCGAGAGGGUUGGUGCCUUGACAAUCAAGGUGCAAUCAUCAACAGAUUAUGUGAAGGUAACUUUGUGGAUGGAGCACAAUGGACCGUGUUAAACGAAAGUUGUAAUAUUAUCAGCCCAACAAACAUGAGUCUCAACUUAACUAACAUUAUCAGUGCCAACGAUCCUGAAAAGUACAUUGAUGAAAUUAUAGAACUUGCUCAAAAUUAUGAAAAAUUUGAGCCACGUGACAUUUACCUCUUCAGUGAGUUUUUGAGACAAUUUUCAAAUAAAUCGCCACUUGUUUUCAACUCAAUUUUGGAAAUCAUAAAUAAUAUUGGAAUGGCACCAGUGGAUAUUCUGAAAAAAUCCCAGAUGACAUAUCAAGCAACUGACAGAAUAUUGGACAUUGUUGGGAGAUUGAAAGACACUUCUAAUUCCACCACUUCAAUUUUGAAUCCGAAAGUCGCUGUCAUAUCCACCAGUUUCGAUUAUCAGGUGUAUCAUACCCUCGAAGUAUCACUGAAGUUUGUUUCUUUUUCAAUUGCGUUCUCAGAUUCUAUUUUAAUGUGGAAUUCCAGUGAUAUCUUCCAACUGAUAAUAAAUGAAACUGUACUGAAACAUGUUGAUGUGACUCAAAGAUUCAAAAUCAUUGUUACUUUACAUAAUGACACGAGUUUUUUCAACGGAUUCUUUGACGAGAAGAGUUCCAGUGCUAUUGUUAGUAUUCACAUACCAGAAAUACAAGAGGAAGUUGAAGCUACGUUGGUUUACCCAAUGGCCUUUUUUGAUGAGCCACCUUAUUGUUCAAACUGGGUGUAUGAAAUUGAUAAAACUUUUGGUUACUGGAAUAAAGUCAGCACAGUACAAACAGAAAAUAACAGAUUGGUUUGCAAAUUUUCAAAUUUGAAGAAUUUUGGUCUAGUCAUUCCUACUAAUAUUACAAAUGAGCUGAAAUAUCUCAUGGAGUCAUCUAUUUCAAGCCGGGAAAAAUCUAACCGGCUUUCAACUCUAAUCAAAAGCUACUCCAAGUUUUUUCAGGUACAAGACGUUGUUCAUGUUGCUAAAAUAUUGUCGGGAUUCAGCCCAGUACAGAAAGAAGACGAGCUAAAUGUAAUUGCUGAUAUCUUUGACGGUCUCAUCGAUAUUGACAAAGGAAUUUUAGAGGAAGUACAAGUGGAGUUUGGGUCUACUAACACUAUCUUAGCAAGUUUUGAUUAUCUUCUUAGUGAAUAUGAAAAUUCAAUGGGAAUUUCAAGAAAAAACUUCUACAUUUCAAUACUUUCCUCCAAUCACUACUAUAGAAAUGAAUUCAUUAUAAAAGAUUGCGAAAAUUAUUGCACUAUUGAUCCCAUAACUGAAGCCAAUGGAUCACCAAACGACGCCGAAAUUAUCGUCUCUGUAUCAAGUCCAAUAGAAAACCGAAAGUCAGAUCCUAAUUCGAAAGCAGUGAUGACAGUAUUUUCCAAAAAUCCAUUCUUCGUGUCUGAAAGGGGAAUGCCUCGGAAAAAUCGUUCAAAAAUAGUCGGUAUACUAUUUCCCAAAAUGUAUAAUGCUGACAGUAUGAAUAUCACAUACUCGUACAGGUUUGAUAACAGAACUUACAAUCACAGUUGUGAAAUCUGGCAGGAAUUUCAAUGGAUUCAUAACUCAUCAACAUCACCCAAGUUUCAUGAUGGAUUUCAUAGCUGUUAUCACAGGGGGAAUGGAUACACUGCACUAUUUUCGGAUAAGGUUGACACCACCAUUAUAAUGGAAGAGAUACUGAAUUCAAAUCAAUUAAUAGAAAUACUUCUAGAGAAAACAGUACUGGUCCUGCAGACUUAUUACCGUGAAUUUGAAGCCGAAGGAAUACAUGUCAUAACUAAGAUUUUAAGAAAAGUGACGAAAGUGAAUAAGAAUAUAAUUCAACUUUGUGUGAAUAUUAUCAAUUCCGUCAUGAACAUACAAAAAAAAGUAUUGAAAGAGUCACAAGUGAAAUUCCGAGCUACAGAUCAGAUCUUGGGUUAUUUUUGGAAAAUAGUAAAACUCAUGGAUUACGAUGAGGAAAAUUAUACUCUCGUCUAUCCUAACAUCGGACUAACGGUAUUUUCUUUGGAAAGAAAUGGACCAAUUGGAGUAGAAAUAACAAAAUUCGAAACCACAUAUACUUUCGAUUUGUUAUGGGAGAAACCCAUGGAGAAAAGAAACAUAACUUCCAAAUCAACAACGAUAGCUUUGAGUCAAGCACUGAAAGAUGAGAUUUUAAACAAUCCAUCUUCUGUUUCCUACAAAAUAAUAGUUGCAAUGUUAUUGAAUGAUGCUCUUUUCAACGAACCAAAUGAUAAUAGAGAAGUUGGACCGAUUUUUGAACUGGCAAUUCCAAAAUAUAACACCUCUCUGAAACACGGGAUUUUUUACCAUCGGCAAGAUCAUGAUUACGGUAAAAAAGGAAAAUGUGCUUAUUGGAAUGAUUCAGAAAAUACCAAUGGGUCAUGGGAAAUAUGGGGACCGUUUGUUAAAAACUCGACAUGUAGGUUUUUUCGACAAGGAUACUUUUCCGUAAUUUCAGAAGACUACUUCAAUGUUACAGAAGCUUUGAAACUAAUACGCGCCUCAGUUGUUCCAGAUUUGAAAAAGCUUGAGGAAACGGAAAACAUUUCGUAUCUUUAUGAUCAGUUCAAACCUAUAGAUUUGAAGUUAUUAUUCGAAAUUUUGGGAGAGGUAGUCGAUUUAGAUAAAAGAAGUCUUGAUGUGAUCAAAAGAGUAGCUGAUAACAUUUUUGCAAUAUCUAGUUCCAUUUUAAACCAAUCUCAGAUUGACUAUGGUGUAUUGAACAUUAUUUUGGAUAUUAUAAAUAGAAUUGGAAAAUAUUUAGACACUAAUGUCUUCUACAAUGUCAGUAAAAAGUUUUCUGUUUUGGUUUGCUCGGUAAACGAAAGUGUAGGUAUUGCGUUCAAUGGAAGUUUGAGCUGUCUAAGACCUGAACAUAUGGAAAAAUAUUAUACAGCUAAGCUUGUUUUGAGCAAAACACUAAUCAACCACAUUAUUGUUGAUGCGUCUGGAACAGAUGACCUCAAAAUUAUAUUUUCUGUGUUUUAUGAUAAUGUUCUCUUCGUUGAUGAAGAAAACUUACCUACCACAUAUAUAUUUGGACUUGCGAUUUCCUAUCCUGAAAAAAAAUUGAAUGGUGAUAUUUCAUUCUUCUACACUGAGAAUGAAUUUUAUAAUUUGCCACUUACCUGUUCUUACUGGAAGUAUCAAAAAAAUAAUCUUGGACGCUGGGUAGAAGUUAGAACUUCUGAAAUAUCUUCAUAUAAAUCUUGCCUGUACAGAAGUGCUGGAUAUUUUGCCUUGGUGAAAAAAUCACCCAAAAAUCUAACAGAACUGCUUCAAAACAUUCAGCAGGAUACUGAAUCUUAUACAGAAAAACUGAAUGAAUUGUGGAAUAUCCUAUUUGGAAAUAAAGACACUAUCGAGCCGUCACAUGUUUUUAUUAUGUCAACAAUUUUAAAUAGCCAUGAAGUUGGAAGUGAUGAAGUUUUGAUGCUAAUUGGUGAUAUUAUUAGUUUGAUGAUGGAUUUCAACAGGACAGUUCUUAUAAAAUCUCAACAACAGUAUAGUUCCACUGACUGGAUACUUCACAGUGUUGACACGCUAAUAGCAAAUUACCAAGGGACCACCAGCCUGCUCUUCACAAAUCUUGCUAUUGUCAUUUCAAGCAAUAUCGUUGGCAUAGCUUUCAAAAGAAACUACGAUAAUUCUUGGAUGAUGGAAGUGAUCAGUACGGAAUUUUCAUAUGAGAAGUUGGCAGACGUAGAUGCCUUGCUGGUUGUAGAUCGUGAAUUGCAAAAUCAAAUCCAGCAGACCUCCUCAAGUAUAAAAAUUAUUGUUUUCUUCAAUGACGCAUUAUUCCAAGGAAAGUACAAUUACACCCGAAAGAACGUAGGCAUCAUAGUUGGUGCAACAUUAUCUGACAUAAGUGAAGUGAAAUUGACAGGACAUAUCCAAAUUUUGUACAAGAGCGAAGAUAUCAGAACCGAUACUUGUGCCUACUGGAGAUACACAACGAACGAAAAACGUAUCGAAAGCACAUCUACCUAUUCGAAACCCACCUGUUCAAACUUGAUGUCAGUUUGUGAGAGUGAACUCGAUGGAUCGUAUUUUGCCUUAUUGAAAAUGGAAAGAAAUAUCACAAACCAGUUGGAGGAUAUUUUGAAUUCGUCCAGACCAGUUGCAAAUCAGCUCGGAGAUGUUUCUUCUAUCCUGGAAAACCAUUUUCAAUAUAUAAAAUCAUACGAUGUUUUUCUCAUUGGAGAAAUUGUAGGUAAACUAGUUGAUGAACCAUCUAUAACACUGAAUCAAACGACCGUUGUUUCCAAAAUAGUGAGUCAUCUAUUUCAUGUAAACAAAUCGGUUCUGAGGAAAUCCCAACAACAACAUCAAGCGACAGAUAGGAUUCUGUACUACAUUGAUAACAUUUUAAAAAAAUUCUCGGAUAAUGUUGAUUCCAGAGCCAUAAUUCAGGACCAUUUCACUAUCAUCAGGUACGAUUUAAAAAACACCAGUAUUGUAGGUGUCAUGUUGAGUAGCUGCAACGAUAAAUAUUGCGCAAUAUCUGCUCUAACCGACAAAAUGAACAUGACUGAGAUUUCCGAAAAUGAAAAUUUCAAUAUGGCACUGAUAUUGAGUGAAGAUUUACGCCAACAAAUAGACGAAAACAGUGAAAGUGUCCAGCUGGUAACGAGUAUUUUUUUCAACGAUGAUUUUUUCAACGAAAACUCACAAGAGCAGUAUACUACUAGCAAGAUUUUUGGUGUACUUCUCACAGGUUUGAAAAAUCAUAUGACUGCUAAAUUAUCUCUGAUUUAUAAUUCUGAGAAACAUCAAGUGUUCGAUAGCAAUAGCUGUGCAUUCUGGAAUUAUUUGACCGAUGAAGAAAAUUUCAUUGGUGGUUCGUGGGAAAAGGAGGUAGGUCAAAAAGAAACUGGCAAGACGAUCAUUUGCGAAUUCAAACACAUAACCCACUUCGUCCUACUUCUAGCAGAGUCAGAAAUUUUAGAUAAAGCCACUGAACACAUUCUAGAUAUAAUAACAAACAUCAACAGCGUGCUCUCUUUAUUAGGACUGUUUGGAAUUCUAUUAACCACCGUUCUAUUCGACAGGUGGCGUAAUAAUACCGGAAACCAGAUCUUGAUCAACUUCACCUUAGCUGUAUCAAUUAAAAACGUAAUGCUCUAUAUAAGUGUUGGGGUGUUUACUGAAAAUGGAACUGGAAUUGGGUGUAGCAUUACGGGGGCGAUUCUUCAUUACUCCAUUUUGGCAGAGUUUUGUUGGAUGCUGAUCAUAGCCAUAUUGCAGUUCAAGAGAUUCGUUGAAGUGCUGGGGGGACCACUGAAAUACGUUCUAUUAAAAGCUUGCAUUUGUGGUUGGGUUUUUCCAGCUUUGCCUGUUUUCCUCGUCAUCAUAAUCGAUGUUCACAAUUACUCUCGAGGCCAACUACAUCUCUGCUACCCCUCAGGACUAUGGCUCUACGUUACAGUAUGGCUCCCUCUCCUAAUUAUUGUAGUCAUCAAUUCAGUCAUAUUUUCUUUCAUAAUUUAUAAUGUUUUUCAUAACAAGACAGUAUCAAGGGAUCAAACGAACCAUGAGAUUUUGUUCCAAUGGCGCCUGGCUCUUUUAUUAUUUACCAUGCUAGGGCUCACCUGGCUAUUUGGAUUUUUGGGGUUAUUAUCAGUUAGUAAAGUGUGUUUGGUUUUAUUCUCUUUCUUAGCUUCUCUUCAAGGAUUCUUGAUGUUUUUGUUUUUCAUUGUGUUCAAUAAGAGUACUAGAUUCUUAUACACUCAAAGUUUUAGAUGGUGGCUGUAUUCCAAAGGUUACAGAAAUCAUUAUAAGUAGAUAGAUUCGCGACUAUUCACUUCAUAUAUUUAAGGACCAUUAAUAAAAAAAUCAAUUGGUUGUAAGAAUAUAGACGAGCUCUUGAAUUCAACAGAAUAUUUCCGAUGCAUUGCCAAUAGAAACGCGCUUACGUUUUUGAUGCACCAAUAAAUAAAUCCAUCGAAUCAAUCGGUGAUUUCCCCAAUGAAUUCAAGAAAUCGUCUUCCCAUAAAUAACUUGAAUAAUGUAAUUUGGUACAAUAAAUGUCAUAUGCUAUCA